CGGACGAGGACGAGGACAAGGACGAUGAUUUCCGAGCGCCGCUCUACAAAAACGUGGAGAUCAAGGGCAUCCAGGUCCGCAUGAAGUGGUGCGCCACCUGUCACUUCUACAGGCCGCCGCGCUGCUCUCACUGCAGCGUCUGUGACAACUGCGUGGAGGACUUCGACCACCACUGCCCCUGGGUGAAUAACUGCAUCGGGCGGAGGAACUACCGUUACUUUUUCCUCUUCCUGCUGUCGCUGAGCGUCCACAUGCUGGGCGUCUUCUCCUCCGGCCUCAUCUUCGUCCUCCACCACCGAGAGUCUCUGGCAGCGCUGCACACCACCGUCACACUGGUGGUGAUGUGCAUCGCGGGGCUCUUCUUUAUUCCAGUCCUGGGGCUCACUGGCUUCCACAUGGUGCUCGUAGCCCGAGGGCGAACCACCAACGAGCAGGUGACGGGGAAGUUUCGUGGAGGAGUAAAUCCCUUCACCAGAGGUUGCUGUGGCAACGUGGAUUAUGUUUUAUGCAGUCCCCUGGCACCAAGAUACAUGUUGGACCCCAAGAAAAAGCCCCAUGUCAAAAUUCAGCCCCCGUUCAUCAGACCUGACUUUUCAGAGAGGCAGAUCACCAUCAAGAUCAGCGACAACGGCAUCCACAGCACCAUCAUCAGCUCCAAGUCUAAAACCAGUCUGGAUGGUCUGGAUGAGAAAGAAAUGCAGCCGCCGCUGCCGCCCAAAGCCGAGCGCUACAACCAGCUGAAGGGCCAGCUGACCUCCAGCGAAGAUAGUUCUCUCUCUGGUAAGACCCAUCCUUUGACUCCAGCCAUGUACAAGUUCCGACCGUCCCUUGGCACCAUGCCGAAAGUCCACUACCACCCCGCUGGAGAGAAGAUUGUCAUGACAGAUGAGCGGAAGACCUCGGCCAUCUUGGAAGAGGGCGUCCGCGGUCACGACUACCGAUCCGAGCCGAACCUGGACCUGCCGGAGUACACCAACGCCCCGCUCCACCGCACCUUCCAGUCCUCCCCCCACCAGCUGGACUCCGACCCCCUGACCUCCCGCUCCCUCAGCCUGAAGCAGGGUCAGCCGCAGACCCUCACCUCCACCCCAUACAAGAGCGUCUUCUCCCCCAACACGCUGUCCAACCGUAACGGCAGCCUCUCCUACGACAGCCUGCUGAACCCCAGCAUCUCUCCAGCGGCCCCCCCCAGCGACUGCGCGUCCCACCGCGGGAUCCCCUCCAGCGGCUUCCACUCGCCCUACCUGCCCACCAAAAUGUGCCACAUCCGGGAAACGGACAUGCAGAGGCACCAGGUUUCCUCCGCCUACAGUCCGGUGAUGCACCAAAGAGCGGUGGGCCGGCAGCCCUCCCCUCACCUGCGGGACCGCGACCCAUCCCCCGUGCGCUAUGACAACCUCUCCCAGACCAUCAUGGCCUCCAUCCAGGAGCGGAAGGACAUGGAGGAGCGGGAGAAGCGGCAGAUUAUUCACGGGCGCUCUCAGACCCACAUCUACGCCCAGGACUCUGGCGUGUUUGACGGGGGUUACAGUUUACCCCCGAGUGUUUGCUACCCGGACGGGCCUCGUGGCUCCGUCUCCAGAGGCCCCACACCCCCCGCCUACGGAGGGUCCCGGGACAACCUGAUGGGGGUCGGGCUGGUGAGUUAUGGGCAGCGAGCCCCAGUGUUACGCUCCACGCUGGGCCGCGCCCCCAGGACUUCCUCCACCUCCCUCCACACGGAUCAUAGUAGCAGCAACAGCAGCCAGAGCAGGGCCGGCCCCCCCGAGGGUCUCUACCGCUCCCCGGCCCACCAACCCCACUCCCCCGCCAUGCCCCGAUCCCCCUCCUACUCCCACCAAAAACUCUCCUACAUCAGUGCCCUAGAGAGGACAGACUCCCCUCGUCUGGGGGGCCCAAGAGAGGCCAUGAAAGUAAACGGGCAGAUGGACUGUCCCACCCUGAGCCCCAGCCGUCACAGUAAUGUCAAAAAGGUGACGGGUGUAGGAGGCACCACGUAUGAGAUAUCAGUGUGAGACGAUCCACCUCCAACGACCGCCCCCGCUGCAAAGAGAUUUGGUUGUUUGUCAGAUACAGUGUGUGUAAGGAGUGUUUUGUUGUUAAUUUUGUGGCGCAUCAUCUUGGUGGUUAAAAGUGGACUGUUAAUGUUAUUACUGUUGUCUCUGAGCUGUGGUCAUGGAGCGAAUGUUGACCCGAAUGUCUCACAAACUUUGCUGAAGGCUGAACAAAAACCGACGAUUCAACACCGACAUCCCGACCAUGGAGCUCUGUGAGAAAACACUUUGUACUUUUCAUGCCUUCUCCAGAGUAUUAGUAUUUGAGAAGUGAUGGAGGAGGGGUCAUUUAGAUCAGCACCUCAUGCAUAGAGAGGCAACACAAGUGAUGAAUAUCUCAGAAAGGGGGGAUAUCGAGAAAGGGAAGUCGUAUCAUAUCAUGUCUGGUAGUUGCAAUCUAAAUCCAUUGAGAUUUAGCGUAUAGAGUGGUGCAGUGAUGACAUAUGUUGUUGGCUAACCCAGAAGUUAGCAUCGCAAGGGGUCCCAAACACACAUUUAUGAUACUUUACACGAGUUGUUUAGCAGGGUAAUCGCCACAUAUUAACACCACUUGACGAUCAUAUGGCUGUGCAUUACCUGUGCUAAGCUAAAGGUUGACGCAAGAUUACGUUUAGUAGUUUAUAUCGCCACUUGUUGACAUCUGCAGGGGGUAUUUACUGAUGCAUUUUAUGUUGUGAACGUCUCUUCAGCUUGUGUUGACGACAGACCUUAUUUCAGCGAUCAAUCCAAAAACGCUUUCAAAAUGGCUAACUUGGAGACCAGGACGUUUUAAAAUUAACUAAUUUCCGUGUUUUAGGACUCAUUCCUGCGCCACUCUUGAUGACACAGCUAAGUUGAAUACUUGAUUCUGAUUGGUCAAUUUGGACAUUCAACAGUCUGUUCUUUUUCGAUAGCAGACUGCUGCUCUGAUGAAGGGACUAUGCAGUCGUAUUCAUCUGCGGGAAGAAGCCCGGUCAAUUUUACGUCAGUUGUUGCAACAACAAAAACAUUAGUGUCCCUCCUUCAGAAAAACCCUGUCGAAUACUAUUUGAAUAUUACAUUUGAUAUGUUUUGGUUAGCACACAACUUUGGAUCCAUGAUGGCCAAAUUGUUCCACGUAAAGACAAGACAACAAAAACAAGAAAAUAAUAUCUAGUGUGAGUGAAAUUGUUGAUUUAUUUAGUGAGCAACCGUGUAGUAAGCUGGAUAAUGUGUCUCAUAUAUCAUGGCUCGUUGCAUUUAAUUCCUUACAUGGUUCAUUUCAUCACAAAUAAGUUUCUCAGGACUGAACCAGCAGAGAUGCUACAUGAUAGGGUUUGAUUAUACUAGCCCAUUGUAUUCCCUUCUUAAAGGUGCAGCACAUCGGCCUCUGCUUUAGUGGAGUUCAGUCGGGUGAUUUCAACACGACACGAGUGCAGGACGGAUAGAUUCUGUUCUGAAAGAUAACAUUACCUCAUCACAAGAGUCAGAACGAGUCCAGCCUUGCACAACCAAAAAGACUUUCUGUUUUCUGUCUGAAGAAAAAACAAGAAAUGGUGUUUAGUUAGUUGUUUAUGUUAUAAUCAUAGGAAUGGAAAGCGGUGUACACGCCAUCGUCCCGUGUAGUGAAAUGAAGAUAACUGGUUGCUCAUUCAUUAUUCUGUCUCUAUUUUUUUUUUAAAUGGGUUUGUUUCAUUUUUACAUAGCCAACCUUUCAAAAGCUAUGUUUGAUACAUCUUUUUUAUACGCUUUACUAAGCCUGGAAUGGAUGUUUUUAUUUUGAGUGGAGUUUUUUUUCUUAAUAAAUUAUAAAUUCAGUAAAUAAAUGAAGUCAUUAUAAGAGGAAAAGUCAAUGUUCUGCCUUGAAGUGUAUAAGAAAGGAUGAUGACAUGUUAUUACAGGAUAAGUGAUGUGAGGAAGGGAAAUGUGUGCACAUGUUGGGCUUUUCAUUGAAGAUGCCUUGGGAUUUCAGUGCCAAAACGUGACUACACACCCCCUUCCUUUCUCAAAGACGGUGAAUGGGUGACAUCAGGAAGACGGAAAAUGUCAAAUGAAUUUGCAGCAGCUGUCUGGUACAGCUCCAGUAUCUCCUGCCACUCGGAGAUGCAAAACCUUUCUCUUGUGUUGCUUUAAAGUCUAAAAUGUUUUAUUAAUUUUGACCAUUAAACAGACUAGUAUUAUGUAAGUGGAAGGUUUUAAUUUGCAUGAACUGAAUAUGAAAGAAUAAGCCAGAAUUGACAUGGAUGUUGGAAGUGGUGGAUUUGGUCCGACUGCAAUUUGCAUGACAAAUAAACCAUUGUUGCCUUUUGAGAAGAUAACGCAUUGCUGGUUGAAACUAGUGUACACUAUGGGGCAAUGAAUUACCGUUAGUGUUAUGUAUCAAGCAGUAAAUGGAGAAGUAAGACUGGGUAACAUUUAAAGGGACAGUUCAGCACAAAAUCUAAAAUAUUAAUUAAUAUCCUCUUACUUGUUAUGCUAUUUAUCAAUUAAGAUGGUUUGGAUUUACAUGCGAGAGAAGGCAGAUAUUUUCACAGCCAUUUCUCACUUGGACAAGCAAGACAAUCUAAAUUGAUAAAUAGCACUACAGGUAAAAUGAACAUAUGAAUUUGGGGGUGUACUGUCCCUUUAAGAGCGGAUGGUUCUGGAGGAUGUGCACGGUAAUUAGUGAGGAAAUGUAAUCACUUUUUCAAGAAUAUUUUUCUCUUCCCGUUUCUGGUGCAUUCAUCCUUUCCUUUGUCCAGAGAUCAGGGUGCAAAGGUCAAUAACUGAGGUAGUGAGUGUUCCCCCUACUAAGGUCUCACCCAGCUGCCUUACCAUGAACACAGUAAUGUUGACCAACAGGAUAAUAAUCUAUAUCAGUCAUGUAUUUUUGAAUUGUUGUGAGGCUGAAGUUUGAAAGGAUGCUUUUUGGGGAGAUCUGAUGGUUUUUUUGUCGGUGAAACAACAAACUGGAUCCUAAUGAAAUACCUGAAAAUAAGAGUCUAUCACGAACACAUAUCGAAACACGAUCGAUGUCAUUCCUCUUUAAGAUGACUGCCAUUAGUCCAACGUUCUUUUAUUUGGGGAUGGACAUCGCUGCAGGUCAGGGAGCAUUCCUGACAGUCAGAAAAAAGUCAUGUUUCAUUUAUCAGCCGCGAGCUGAUGUGUUUUCUGAAGCUCAAAUAGAAAGAUCGUUAUGUAUUAAAAUAUAGAAUAUACUAUAAAUGUAAAUGCGUUCCUAUUUUUGUGAAGAGGAAAUAUUUCCCAAUGAGCAGAGUAAAUAAAAAUGUCCAACUCUUGGA